AUGGCUUUUAUUAAAGGAAGGCAAAUCAUGGAUACUGCUCUCAUUGUCAAUGAAUGUGUUGACUCUAGAUUAAAGGAGAAGAAACCAGGAAUCUUGUGUAAGUUAGAUAUAAAUAAAGCCUUUGACCACGUUAAUUGGGACUUCUUAAUAAACAUGCUGAGACGGAUGGGUUUUGGUACAAAAUGGACCAAUUGGAUCAGAUUUUGUAUUAGCACUACCAGAUUUUCAGUGUUGGUUAAUGGCUCGCCUGAAGGUUUCUUUCCCUCUAACAGGGGGAUUGAGGGGCUUCAGGCUAAACAACAGACAAGGUGGAAGUCUGGUGGAAGUCUAGAGAUAUCACAUCUCCUCUACGCAAAUGAUGCCAUUAUUCUUUGUGAUGUAGAGAUAGACCAGAUAAGGAUGCUGAGAGUUAUUCUUACAAUCUUUGAAGACAUAUCAGGGCUUCAUAUUAACUGGGGGAAAAGCCUAAUUUUCCCGAUUAAUGAACCUCGACAGAUUCAGCAACUUGCGGGGAUACUUGGUGGUGAAAUUGGUGUUUUUUCAACUAUUUAUCUUGGUUUGGAACAUAUUUAUAGCUCUAACAGGGAUUCAAUGGGUCAUGCCCAACAGCACCAUGGAAAUGUUGUCAUGCUGGAACAAGGGGAGAAGAUCUCAUCAAUCUAUGGCUCUAUGGCUGGUGCAAUCCAAACUCAGGAUUAA